GCUAUCUUGGUCUUUGAGAAUCUAAAGCUGCUACGCCCUCAUGAAGGAAACACUCAGAUACUUAGCAGGCAUUGCCGGGCCAAGUGGUUAUGGCUCAAGAUCAACUGCUGAACAAGUUACCGAAGAUUGUUCUUCCUUGUUUUCAUCUCCUCUCACUGCUAUAAUCACUGGGGCAACUUCUGGUAUUGGAGCUGAAACGGCAAGAGUAUUAGCUAAGAGAGGAGUGAGAGUUGUGAUUCCGGCGAGGGACCUGAAAAAGGCAGUUGAAGUGAAGGAGGGGAUUCAAAAAGAAAGUCCAGAGGCAGAGAUUAUAUUGUUUGAGAUUGAUCUAAGUUCCUUAGCUUCUGUUCAGAGAUUUUGUCAUGAGUUUCUAGCUCUAGGACUUCCCCUUAACAUCCUUAUAAACAACGCAGGGGUUUAUUCAAAGAAUUUGGAGUUCUCGGAGGACAAAAUUGAAAUGACAUUUGCUACAAAUUACUUGGGGCAUUACUUGUUGACAGAAUUGCUGAUAGAGAAAAUGAUAGAAACAGCUGACAAAACAGGUGUCCAGGGAAGAAUUAUUAAUCUCUCUUCAGUAAUUCAUAGUUGGGUGAAGAGAGAUGAUUUUUGCUUCGCUCGAAUGCUCAAUCCGAAGAAUUAUAAUGGCACACGCGCAUAUGCACAGUCCAAAUUGGCUAAUAUAUUGCAUGUCAAGGAAUUAAGCAGGCAGCUCCAGUCGAGGAACGCAAGAGUGUCCAUCAAUGCAGUACAUCCAGGCAUUGUAAAGACUGGAAUAAUUAGAGCUCAUAAGGGCUUCAUUACAGAUUCUCUGUUUUUCAUUGCUUCCAAGUUACUAAAAUCUACAAGUCAGGGUGCUUCAACCACAUGCUAUGUCGCUUUGAGCCCACAAACAGAAGGUGUCAGUGGGAAAUACUUUGCAGACUGUAAUGAAACCAACACCUCACCCUUGGCAAAUGAUGAAUCUGAGGGGCAAAGGCUGUGGAAGCAGACCCGUGCGCUCAUCCAAAGACGAUUGCGUUAAUUACCACCAGGGACCACGGUGUCUCACUCUCAUCUCAUAAUGUAAAACCUUUAAAAUUAGGAGACGUGACGUGCUGUACAUAUGGUCAUAAAGCAUUAUGUAUAUGAAGUAAAAAAGUUAAAGUCUAUCAAAGGUAAUAUGUCAAUAAAGGAUCAUUUUUAAGUUUUAACCUAGACUGUAUCUGUAUGGUGUUAUACGACU